ACGCUCGUAGUUGAGCAACGUUUAGUUUGCGUGUUCCUUGCCAAACCUCUUUCUCAGGCCUUGUCCUUUUCCACGUUGGACUGGACGACGUCGAAGCUUUCGGUGUCAUUGCAUCAGCGCAUGUCGCUUAGACGCUAUACUGUCUGAUUGUGCAACGCUGGGGCACCACCCAAGCUGGCUGGUCCUGUACCGCUUGAUACUCAGUUGCAGAUACCGUUUGCUUGAUUUCGGAUUCCUUUUUGAAAGAAACCCUCCCUCAGAUCUGGACAGCAACAUAUAUCACCCAUGUUUGCUGACUUUUACGCCAUCUCCUUCAUCCCUUGUUGAAUCUAGCUAAAUGGAAUUGUCCAAGAACAUUCCAAUCGAUUCACAGAGGGUUGUGGAGCCACAACACACUCGUAAUCGCCCUCCGCAUCGUAAUGACGAGAACGUCCACUCUACCCAAGUCGACGGCCCAGCGAAUAUGCCAACUCGUCCAACCCCGAAGCCUAGCCCUUGCCCUUCCAUUGCCGGCGUGACCGAUAUGGAACUUGAUCUCGGAGGCAUACAUUUGCACGACUGCGGCAAAAUCGCUAGAUAUCCGCCUUCGCUUGAGAGCGACAGUACACUGUCAGCAAAAACAUACGUCAACCAGGACUUGAAAAAUCAAGUUGACUCGAUCGACUGGAUGCUCCAGAGAGCCGUCGAGCCUACUCAGCUCACAGUCCUUGCUCUGCAAACUCUCGACUAUGGCAACAAUACCCAUGGCUACCACCACGACCUUACCGAGUGGUGCGAGAAUGGAAACAUCUUCGUACACGGUCGUCUCCAUGCCAAGUUGAGCGACUCUAUCCUCCUGCCUCAAAGAGCCAGGAGCCAUAUCACGGAGCUCACUAGCUCAUCCUAUGACAUGCUGUUGGAUGUCACUGCCGCAAAUGGCACAGAUAAUGACAUCAGUGGAACUGGUGCGGCCUUCCACGACGUCCCACGAGCUCCGAGUUUCGAAGACGAUGUCGACAUGAUGGGGACAUGAUGUAUUAUACAGUUGAUGAUGGAUGAAAUUUUAACGUUGCGGAGUUUGGGGUUUGAAAAGGCGAGGUUGAUAUCUUUUGGUUUGAAUUGGUAUAAUCCUGUUGGAACUACUCUCUU